AGGUAGCGGAUUACCGGUGCGCUCAUAGUCACCUGCUGGAUGUGACAGCUUUCGGCUUCGAAUUUCUCGUCUCAGCGUUAUUAUCACGUCAGGAUGGCGACGUAGGCGUGGGGCUCUGCUGGGAGUUGCUCCCAGUUAUUUUGUGGCCGCCGGUUUGGAGUGACGUCAGGACGGUUCUCGUUAUGGGUGGCUACUGGUCUGGCUGGGUUCAGCUGACGGUUGGCCGCUGUGCGCCACCGCUGCUACUCCUGCUCUCACGGCCAUAAAUACCAUAAAUAACCCUCCCGCUCUGUUUUGACAUCAGUCCCCGCGCCGGAAAGGUGCCACAUCAUUCCUUGUCUGACGUCAAGCUCUUCUUGCUGGCUGUCAGCGCCGUCUCCCAUCCAGUCGCCGCUGUCUGAGACAGUCCCAGCCGUAUACGGACCGGCUGGCUGGCUAGUGGCUACCGUCGGGACGCUGCCCGUCCGCCCGGCCCCUGCAGUGGGUUACUGCGGCGCUCGGCGUCGGCCGUGUCCCCGCCGCCGCGCCGGCAGCCGCGGCUCGUGCGUGGCCCGCGCGGCAGUCCGCCGCCAGUGAGCGCGCGGCCCGCGCGGCAGUCCGCCGCCAGUAAGCGCGCCGCGCUGCUCGGAGGUGGUGUUCCGUCCCGGUGUGUGCUGCCGGAGACCUGUGUGGUCGUGUGCGGUCCUGUGCGCGCGGACAGGCGGCGGCGGAGCUCACAGCUGAGGUGGAGGAGGCUCCGACGCGGUGAGGGCCGGCCGGGAGCCGCCCGCGGCCGCCCUGAGUCACCAUGCUCUCUCAGAUGUUCUCCCGACUGGUGAUCCUCGUCUUCGGCACACUCUACCCCGCCUUCGCCUCGUACAAGGCCGUCAGGACCAAGAACAUCAAGGAGUACGUCAAAUGGAUGAUGUACUGGAUCGUGUUCGCCUUCUUCACAUGCCUGGAGACGGUGACAGACUUGUUCCUGGUGUGGUUUCCCUUCUACUAUGAGAUCAAGAUCCUGCUGGUUAUAUGGCUGCUCUCGCCGGUCACACGGGGGUCCUCGAUUCUCUACAAGAAGUUUGUGCACCCCUGGCUGGAGAGGAAUGAGAAUGAGAUCGACCAGUACAUUGAGCGCGCCAGUAAGAAGAGCUACUCGACCGUCAUGACGCUGGGUGUGCGGGGAGUCAACAUGGCCACCCAGAUGAUCAUGCAGACGGCGAUCCGCGGCGGCGGCGGCAUCGUCGACCACCUCAGGCGCAGCUACAGCGUCAAUGACGUGGCCGACCUGGCCGGCGGCCCGGACGCCGGCGACUUCAACUCUAACCGCGUGAAGCGGCUGCCGCAGAUCGUUGACGUGACGGAGGAGCUGGACUCCGACGCCGAGCCCGUCACCUUCCCGAUGGCCGGUCCGUCGGCUGGCGCCGCCGAGGCGGCCGCCGAACCCAAGCGCCGACCGCGCCGCGCCGCCACCAAGCCGGCGGUGCCGCGCGCGCGCGCCACGCGCAAACCGCGCUCGGCCGAGCGCGAGGAGAGUGACGAGGCGGACCGUCCGCCGCCGCCGGCCUGGGAGCAGGCGCAGUCGAUGGAGGAUAUCAGCUCCGGGUACAACUCCGGCGAGCCGUUCUACGACGCCGUCACCCGGGAGGACGAUGACGCAGCGCUGGCCGGUCGGCGCUCCGGCGGCAGCCGCGCAGCGCGCGCCCGACCGCCCCUGCACGGGCAGCGAGCCUCCACCCGGGUCAAGUCGUCAGCGACCACCGACGUCUCCGGGUACGCCACGCUGCCCCGACGGCGCGCCUCCACGCGAAAACCCAUUCCCAAGUAUGACUGAGCCAGUGCGGGUAACGAGGGUGAGGUUGGGUGGCCGGACGUGCAGUGGGUAAACGAAGGACGCCAGUCAGGUGGGAAAAGAUCAUGGUUAGUGAAAAUGAGUAAGGGAUGUGUUGAGGGUGCUCCAUGGGAUGAGUUUGGGGCUCGCAGACCUGCGGGUCAUCCACCAGUCACUGUGCUCUAGGGGACCUCCCUCGGGCUCGUACCAGCCGGCUACCACAGGCCGGUGCACAGUAGCGAGUGCGGAUCGGCUGUCUUGGCGCCUGUCUGCACGGGAUCCGUGGCGGCCGCACAUUUACUCGAGAUUCCACGACGAUAUUCCGAACGGAGAGUGGUGUGGACGAUUUACGGGAGAUCUUUCGCCCCAGCGAGCUUCCCUCGAUCUGCUUUUUACCGAAAAUUCGCCGCCCGAACUUCUGUUCCGUGGGAUUUUUUACCGAAACUAUGCACCGUUCUACGUUCUGCGUGUUGACCGUUUGGAGAGACUACUGUGAUCUCAUUUAGAACGUUCUCUGGGCUGUGCCGCCCGGCUGUCCCCCGUUCUCCGGUGAGAACGUGUGGCACAGACGGGGCGCACAGGGCCGCGUCGGGAGCAUGUCGUGUCGCCACGACCGACUCGGUUUGUCGUAGCUUAAACAUGCCGCGCGCCGCCGUUCAUUUUUUGCCACGCGUGUCGGUUUGUGUGCAUGUUUUUUACGCAAACGAUAACGCUUACCCCGUGAAGUAUGUUUGCUCACCCCCACUUUUCCGUCCCGUCCUUUAGCCAAUAAAUUCCUGAUAUUUGCGACUAACGAGGCUUUGUGACCCGUGUGACCCGUGUGUGUGUGCUAGUGCUGGCUGGGACGUGUGUUAUUUUACCACCGGUCACGAGGAUACAAGACAUCCACUCGGGAUCGUACCCCACAGGGGCGCCGGCGGCGGCUGGGGGCGGCGAUACAGCGCCCGCCGGCCGCCAGCCGCCCCCCACCGUGAUACCGUACAUGUCAACUAACAUAAUGUAUUUGUGAACAAUAAACCAUUAUCAUUUUGUGA